CAGAAUGUGGCUGACGGAGGUUUUGGUUCCGCUGCUCCGGCUUUACCUUUGCGGCAUGAAAGUUCUCUGGUACCAGCUCUUCCACAAAUCCUUCACGAUGCCAGCCUUACCGUCUCAGAGCGGACGAGUCGCCAUCGUCACCGGGGCAACCAGAGGAAUGGGCCUGGAGACCGCCCGGCAACUGCACCGCCUCGGCAUGCAUGUCAUCAUAGUUGGAAAUGAGAGAGAAGAAGGACAAGAGGUCGUGAAGAAACUCAACGCAGAGAAUCACAACGGAGGAAAAGCCGAGUUUAUUUUCUUGGAUCUGACGUCGCUGAAGUCGAUUCGACAGUUUGUCCAAAACUUUAAACAGAGACGCCUCCCCCUGCACGUGCUCGUCAACAACGCCGGUACGAUGCUGGUCCCUGAGCGUCGGACAGAAGACGGGUUUGAGUUGCACUUUGGUCUGAAUUAUCUGAGUCACUUCCUGUUGACGAACCUGCUCCUGGACGUCCUGAAGGAUUCUGGGAAAUCGGGGCGGUGUGCACGAAUCGUCAACAUGUCGUCGGCGACGCACUACAGCGGAGUCCUCAAGAUGGACGACCUCAACCGGAGGUCCUGUUACAGUUCUCAUGGAGCGUACGCUCAGUCCAAACUGGCGCUGGUCCUGUUCACGUACGUCCUGCAGGAGCGGCUGGGGUCGGGCGGGGCUCAGGUGUCGGUCAACGUCGUGGACCCGGGGAUGGUCGACACGGCGCUUUACAACAACCUCUGGACUUUAGCGCAGAUGCUCAAGAAACCAGUGGCCAAACUGAUCUUCAGGACUCCAGCAGAGGGCGCCUCCACCGCCGUAUUCGCCGCGGUCUCGUCGCAGAUGGAGGGAGUGGGCGGAGUUUAUCUUUACAACGGCGAAAAAACGCGAUCGUCCGAAAUCUCGUACGACUCCGAUCUCCAGGUCCGACUGUGGAAGACGAGCUGCCGACUGGUGGGACUCAGUGAAGAUACUACAGGAAAAAUAUGAACGAAAGUACUUUUGAUGGUACUACUACAACGUGUGGUACUAAAUACUGCAGUACUUUACAGUUUUAUACCAAACACCUGAAAUUAUGACAAUCACAACUCUAGAAAACGUCCGAAUCAUCAGGGUUUUAUAAAGAAUGUGGAGAAGAAUCGUCCGUUUUGUGCCUUUCGACUUUUUCACUGUUGAUUUAGUUUUUUAAUUAUUUUUUAUUUUCACUAAAUAAGAACAAGAAAAACAAUUUGUGCCUAAAGUUAAAGACUUGAUGAGUUUUUUAUUCAGUGGUUCAUUCUGAUCUGGUUUAGACCUGGUUUAGUCCUGGUUUGAUCCUAGUUUGAGCCUAAUUUGAUCCUGACUCCAGACCCGAUUUAGACCUGGUUUUGUCCAAGUUUAGUCCUUGGUUUAGACCUGGCUACAUCCUGGUCUAGUCCUGACUCCAGACCUGGAUUAGUCCUGGUUUAGUCCUGGUUUAGACCUGGUUUAGACCUGGUUUAGACCUGGUUUAGUCCUGGUUUAGACCUGGUUUAGUCUUGAUUUAGACCUGGUUUAGUCCUGGUUUAAGUCCUGACUCAGACCUGGUUUAGUCCUGACUCGGAUUUGGUUUAAUCCUGGAUUAGACCUGGUUUAGUCCUGGAUUAAAUCUGGUUUAGUCCUGUUUUAGUCCUGACUCUAGUCCUGGUUUAGACCUGGUUUAGACCUGGUUUAGACCUGGUUUA